GUAAUGCAUGAUCAGGAAAUGAAAAACUUUGCCACUGUGGCCAUUUAGCAUUAAUGAUGCAAAUGGAAAGAGGGAACAGAGACACAAACAGAAACAUAGGGAGUUGGAUUCGCUCGAGGAAAAAGCUCUCCGUCUGUCUAACUAUCUAUCUCUUUCGCGUUCUCUCUCUAUUUUUCUCGAAAGUCUUACUUUCGAACCGAGCAAUCACGAGAUACCCUUGAGAACCCUGCUUUGAAUUCAUCUUUCAGCUGCUAAACGAUCUAAUCUCCUGGUCCUAUUAGAAAGAAGCCGUGAAAACUUGCACUCUCUUUUCCUCUUCUCUCUGGAAAAUCUGCAUUUCCAUGAAUUUGCUCUUCAUUUGAACCUUUUUUUCCAUGAAAACAUGAAACCCCACAAUCACUUUCUCUACUUGUUAUUCGUCUAUAUGCAUCUCAUUGCGCUUCCAUGAAAUUCUCUUUGCUUCCAUCUCUGCUCUCAACUAUAAAGUCGGUGAAAUGGAAACCUGUAGUUUGGUUCUUUGUCUCUGUUAUCUGUGUCAAGGACCCGGAGGAUUCUCUUUGAGCAUGUCACUCUUUUGAGAAAUUCAUGAAAACCAUUCCCUCUUUUCCACUCUUCUACCAAACCCAUGUUUUUGAAUCAGUUCAUGCAGUUCCUAAAAUCAAUUCACACAUUCAGAAGGAAAAUACCUUUUGACUGUUUGUUUUUACAGGAUAAAGUUUCCUGCACAAUUCCUUAAACCCCUUAUCACGUAAAGGGCUAACAAGCCAGACCAAAAGCUUCAAUGGGAACCUCUUGUUUCCAUGCAUUUCGCCUUCGAAAAUCGAAAAGCAAACAUUUGCCAGCCCCUUCCUCAUCAAAAACACAGUUGAAUUCUGAUAUGGGGAACAUGGAAAAGAAGAGAUUUGAUAGCUUGGAAUCAUGGUCAAUGAUUUUGGACUCUGAGAAUGUGGAGACUUGGGAAGUUUCAAAGGACGAUCAAGAGGAGUGGACUGCUGAUCUUUCUCAAUUAUUUAUAGGUAACAAAUUUGCCUCCGGAGCUCAGAGUAGGGUUUAUCGUGGAAUUUACAAGCAGAGAGCUGUUGCUGUGAAAAUGGUGAGGAUUCCAAACCACAAGGAUGAGACUAGAGCCAAUCUUGAACAGCAGUUCAAGUCUGAAGUAGCUUUGCUCUCACGUCUCUUUCACCCCAAUAUAGUUCAGUUUAUUGCUGCUUGUAAGAAGCCACCUGUGUACUGUAUCAUCACAGAAUACAUGUCACAAGGGACUCUGAGGAUGUACCUGAACAAGAAAGAGCCAUACUCACUUUCAACAGAAACGAUACUGAGGUUAGCUCUCGACAUAUCCCGAGGAAUGGAGUAUCUUCAUUCACAAGGUGUGAUCCACAGGGACCUCAAAUCAAAUAAUCUGCUUCUAAAUGAUGAAAUGCGGGUUAAGGUGGCAGAUUUUGGUACAUCCUGUCUAGAAACACAGUGCCUAGAAACUAAAGGAAACAUGGGGACUUACCGCUGGAUGGCACCAGAAAUGAUUAAAGAGAAACCCUACACUAGGAAAGUCGAUGUGUACAGCUUUGGGAUUGUAUUAUGGGAGCUAACAACAGCUUUGCUUCCCUUUCAGGGAAUGACCCCUGUGCAGGCUGCAUUUGCUGUGGCUGAAAAGAAUGAACGGCCUCCACUGCCGGAGAGUUGUCAGCCCGCACUUGCACACCUCAUAAAGCGCUGCUGGGCAGCAAACCCCUCAAAGCGGCCAGACUUCUCUGACAUUGUUUCUGCCUUGGAAAGGUAUGAUGAAUGUGUUAAGGAGGGCCUCCCAUUAACUUCCCACUCAGGGCUGGUCAGCCGAAAUGUCAUUCUUGAACGGUUAAAGGGAUGUGUCUCUAUGAGCUCUUCUAUACCUGUACAUGCCUGACUCUAGUAGAAGGUAUCUCUAUUCGUCUUCCCUCUUUUAAGGUCAAGAUUACUUCAUAAUAAUUUGUACAUAGUUGAUGUUCUUUCAAUUAUCUAGGGCUGGAGGGUGCUGCUGUCGCAUUAAUAUGAGUUACAUAGAGUUGAUUUAGGUUUUGAACCCACUAUUCUAUUGUUCCCCCCUUGAUUAAUCAUUUUCAAUGUUUGGUAUUCAGCUUUCACUAAGAAAUGACUCUAUAACGGAAACAAUAUGAACAGAAUAGCUUCAGUGAUAAGUAAGUUUGAUAUUGUCUCUGAUCGCAAAAGUUGGAGCUAUGAUCUAAUGGUGGAAUCUAACUUGCUCAGCUAUGGCAAGACCCCUCCCUGUGAUCAAAAGGGGUAGAACCUUGGAUUCCUUAGUGUCAAAUGAUACUGUUGUUUCUAUGUUUUCCUGAUUGAUGAACCAUUUCUCUUAAAGAGAAUUCCCAUUUUAA